GUUUUUUAGGUUGCCUCCCCUUGCCCGGAAAAAGUCAAAAUAUGUAAUUAUCUGAAAAUUGUUAUUUCAGUACUAAUUAUGAGGAUGUACUUACUCUGUAUAAGCGAUAAAGGAAAUGAUCAUGUUCAGCAUGUACUUGAGAGCUAUGUUGGAGCAACCAAUGAUAAAGUCCAGUCAGCUUGUGUCUACUUUGAUGACAAGAAUGAUGAAUGUACAGACUGGAGUGUCCUAGAUGCUGUACAGCAGAUACAAGACAACGAGAGUUUAUCAGAUGAGUUUGACCUCCAGAGGACAGCAGCAGCUCUGCACAGACUCACAGACACCAUCCCAGCAACAGAUGUGUUAGUUGAUGUUUGCUUGUGGCCAACUAAAAGGACAACAGAAAGUGGCUAUAUUUUAUUUCUGGGAGCUCUGCGGAGGUUAAAAGACUGGCACAAUGCCAAGUUCACGAUAUUUGACCCAGACCCUUCGGAAGACACAGAAUUCCUGCAGAAGUUUACGUCUGCUAGUGUACACGUGCAAACAGACAGCUUCAGCAUUGACUACCAUGAUCUUAUGUGGAGGGGAAAGGUGUCCAUAUGCGACAAAAUUGAGAACAAAGGUCUGACAGUUCCGGGUGUGAGCCUGCACAAACUCUCCCAGUCCUCUCCCGACCUCAUGUUUCCUCUCCCCACCCCCCAUCAUUUACAACAGCUGGAGCGAGGUCGACUGGGUCGGAUGUUUGAGGUCAUGGAUGAAGUCCUGGUGUCCUCCAUUCCAGCCAUGUUCAUCACACCUCACACAUAUAAACUAUGUUUGUACCAGAAACACCCUUUUUCUCAAAUACUCAUGAACUAUAUCCAGCAAAAUGAUCAGGCUGGUUUUCUGGCGAGACUGGCGGUAUAUCCAGACAGCAAAAAACCUCCAGUGUGUAGCGAGGUGGGUCUGUCUGCCGAGGCCUGGAAGGAAAACAUCAGCACCGACAUACAGUUUGUACAGGAGCCAGAGGAAGAUCUGCAGGAUAACUAUGAAUUUCUUUUCUUCAUAAUUACCUCCCCUGACCAAUCCUUGUCACCUGAAAGCUUUGUGGCCCAUGCCAACCUGCUGGAGCACCCAUACAGCCUCAGUGGCGCCAUAGCAACCAGUAUAUUCCACCAAUCACUGUGUGCAGUUAAAGGUGAACAAUCUGUGAACAUUGACUUGAGUGACCUGCCCCUUUUCAACUCACACACAUUGAGACAUGUAGAACAAGAUAUUUUAUACUUGCAAAGAAUUAUGCUGGAAAGAUUAAAAGACUCCAGGGAGAAAGCUGGCCAGUCUCUAGUGCUAGACCAUGAAGAGUUGUCCUCUUUCUUAGGGGAGAUACGGGUUAAAUAUCUCACCGAGCUGAGACAGAAACUACCUCCAAAUGACCUGCCUGAGCCCACAGUGAGGGUGAAUUUGCAGAAGGAAGUGUAUGAGGCUGGUGAGAACUCAUACGAGUGGCGUGAGAGGCUGGUCCAGCAGUACCAGGAGAGUCAGAGACGCACGCUGUCCCGUAUACAGUCCUCCGAGAGUAUGCAGAUGUCGUCGCCCAUUCAGCAUGGGGAAACAUCAACAAGUGUGGACAUCCAGUGUUUCUUGAAGUUCUUUCAUCCGGAUGGCACUGCAGCGGCUGACAAUCUCUCCCCAGUUAGAAGAAGGAGAGGCGGCAGCCGAGUCCAGACGAAGCUUUGCACUCCUGAUGUAGGUGACAAUGUUGUCACUACCUGGCCGGAGAGCAAAGACACUUCGUCACAUGACAUCUAUUACAACAUAGACAAAAAGUCGGAGAAAGUUAACAAUCAUUUAAACAAGCUGCAGGAGAGAUAUGUGAAGGACGAGACAUACAGUUCCUGCCGCUCCCCCAUUGUUCUCUUCCCAAAGGUGAUGAAGAAGAAAGCAAUCAAGGACCCUGCCCAGGCCCUCCGUCGGUCUCCGAGAAAGAAGGCCCCACCACGGUCAGACCAGCUGAAUACGUCUGUUGAAGAUCACAGGAAACAAAGAUUAUCAGCUGGCAGGUUGUCCGAGUGGAGAACGCCUCAGGGAGGUGUUAGAGACAGGGAGAACAAACGUCGCUACUCCACAACCGCCCUGUCACAACCUGUUAGAAGCCUCAGUCUCACUGAUCAGGGUAGCCGUCGUUUGUCUGACAUAGGGGAAAAAAAGUCUACUCCAGUUCCCAGACAAGUGGACAAACUACGACGUGACUCGGAUGCAGACUCUGCCUUCGUCACACCCCAGGGCCAGGCCAUGACGAAGGAGUCAAGAUCAGACAGGCAUAAGAGGAGACUAUUAGACAUUGUUAACAAUGUUUUGGAAGAAAAUGGCGUCCCUCCUGAAGAUCCUAUCUACAAAUCAUGCUCAUCACGGCUUUACAAAGUCACCAAACUCUUUGUUAUGGACUUGCCAAAUUCCAGAAACCUGAAAGAGGAGAUGAUAAAUAUUGCAAAAAGUCAAGUAAAACAGGUGAUAGAGGUUGACAGAAACAGACAGAAAGACGUAUGAUUGGUUGCUGCAUGGUUUAAAGCCCAACCUUGAGUCAUACUGUCAAUAAGGAUUGGUCAUAUGUGCCAUGUUAUUAGCUCAUUAUACCCCCCAAAACAAAGUUUGGGGGGGUAUACUGGAAUCGGGUUGUCCGUCCGUCUGUCCGUCCGGUUUUUUUUUGUCCGGGAUUCAUCUUUGUCAUUAUUGAACAAAUCUUUUUCAAACUUUCAGAUAUUAAUGGCCAUGAUGUAAACUUGCGCCUCUGUGAAAUUGGUACGGGUCACAUGACCCUGAUCAGAGUUAUCUCCCCUUGAUGUGUUAAAGUAGGCAAAAUAAGCCCUGUCCGGGAUUCAUCUUUGUUAUUAUUCAACAAAUCUUUUUCAAACUUUCAGAAAUUAAUGGCCAUGAUGUAAACUUGCGCCUCUGUGAAAUUGGUACAGGUCACAUGACCCUGACUGGAGUUAUCUCCCCUUGAUGUGUUAAAGUAGGCAAAAUAAGCCCUGUCCGGGAUUCAUCUUUGUUAUUAUUCAACAAAUCUUUAUCAAACUUUCAGAAAUUAAUGGCCAUGUUGUAAACUUUCGCCUCUGUGAAUUUGGUACAGGUCACAUGACCCUGACUGGAGUUAUCUCCCCUUGAUGUGUUAAAGUAGGCAAAAUAAGCCCUGUCCGGGAUUCAUCUUUGUUAUUAUUCAACAAAUCUUUAUCAAACUUUCAGAAAUUAAUGGCCAUGUUGUAAACUUUCGCCUCUGUGAAUUUGGUACAGGUCACAUGACCCUGACUGGAGUUAUCUCCCCUUGUAGGCAAAAUUAGCUUUGUCCGGCCUAACUCCAGGGCAAACAACCUAGACAUGGAGGGGUGGGGGGUAUUCGUUAGCCUAUGGCUUACAGUUCUAGUUUUCAUUGAAGUCAUGGUCAAGGUGUUGUAGACUUGGCUUAGUAGUCAUUUGUGUGCAAAAAUUUAAACCUUGGCCUUAAUAAAAAAAACUUUCAAGAUAUUCAAGUGAAUCUUGGAGCCCAGGUAGCCAGAGAGCAUGGUUAUAAAAGAACAAAUAUGUUCACCAAUACUGCCAUCUAUAAAAGCAAUUUUAUUGACUGACCUGUAUGUGUCGAAGAUGUCUUGAAAGUUAUUACAUUCUAAAAAAAUUUUUGUAAAUACUCAUGUUAUCAUUGUGCUUUGCUUUGUAUAGUAUGCUACACUGUAUGUCUAUAUCUACAUAUGAUAUUUAUUGACAUCAUCUUAAAUAAUAGUUGUACUGUAUGUAUACCUUUAAACUUGUGCUGUUUUGCAUGUCAAAUGCUUAAAUUAAUAAAACUAUGAAAUAUG